AUGGCAUCCCCGCGCGAUCCAGCCUCUCAAAAACCACAAUUUACAAACCCUUGGGAAACUUCACCAUCCAAAGCAACCGACGGGUCCAGCCCUAGCUUCGACGGUCGAAUCGCGCACACACUGGCCGCAUGUACCAGGUGCAGACAGCGCAAAUCCAAAUGUGAUCCCAGAAUCCCAAAAUGUGGCCCAUGCGACCGAACCAACGCACAAUGCGUGUAUUACGACUCUACCCGGAAGCGCACAAUACCAAGGACAUAUAUCGUCCAAUUACGUGAAACUGCCCGCAGACUGGAGAAAGAGCUGGAGGAGGAGGAGAAAGACUUCCAGCAGGCCGCCGAUGCAGAACUGAUUGUCCGUGGAGCCGGUCGCAUUCGGUUCAAAGAACAUGAUGAAGCCAGAUAUCUAGGGCCGUCAAGUGGUAUCGCAAUCACACGCUUGGUCAUGGAAAUGGCUAAGCAGAAUACGCACUCGAAGAGCAUCAAAGACGUUGUCCCCGAGUCUACUGCGCAAAAAAUCAAGGACGCAUUCACUCAAGAGAGUGGAAAACCAACUUCCAAAGUGUACCCGAUGAUCAGCUUCAUAGCCCAACCCGAUUUGCCCCUUAAGCAUGUGACAUAUAAACUCAUUGAUGUCUUUACCGUUAAGGCGCAAGCCAUGCUUCCAACGUUGCACAUUCCCACCUUCCGCCAGGAGGUGGAGGAGGUGUUCAAUGGUUCUAAUGAUCCAUGUCAAAACUUCCAAUUACGAAUGGUAAUUGCAAUAAGUAUGCAGAAAAUGAGCACGGCCUAUGCAGGCCUAGCGGAUAGUUAUUACCUCGCCGCAUUGCCGUUUCUCGAAGCCUCUCUCCGAAGAAUGGACCUCAAAUCAUUACAGUGUCUGGUUUUAAUAGCCCAGUAUUCUCUGUUAACACCCACGCGAACCGCCGCAUACUGGGUCGUUGGCAUGGCCAUCAAAUUAUGCCAGGAUCUUGGACUCACUGAAGAAGCAACAAUAACGCAGUCGCGCACCGGAAAACAGUUGGACCCAUUGGAAGUGGACAUGCGGAGGAGGCUAUUUUGGAUUACUACGUCAAUGGAAUUUGGUCUCUCGCAUAGUCUGGGCCGCCCGAGUUGUUACUCGGUCAGUCAUGAUAAUAUCCACGUCAAGUUCUUCGAGCCAGUGGAUGAUAAGUAUAUUACUCGAGAGGGGAUCCAUCCUGAUGCAAAACCCAUCCUUCCCAAGUGUAUUGCCAUACACUUCUUCAAAAUGCGCCUUUUGCAACUUGAGAUUCGAAGAACCCUUUACUUGAGUAAACGAGAUACUCCGGUUGACGAUCAUGACCCAUGGUUUUCCCAAAUGCUUGCCAAACUGGAUCAGUGGGUAGCAUCGUGCCCUACCCAUGAUGGAGGAAGCGGCUUGAGCGGAAAAUGGUUCCAAGGCCGGCUGAACACCAUGAUAGUUUUCAUGUAUCGGCCAUCUCCCCAAAUCCCAGAACCAUCUGUUUACGCUGCACGGCGCUGUUAUGAAGCAUCUGUGUUCAAUGUCUUCAUGCACAGAGAGCAAAUUGAGACUGGAUCAGUUGAUUUGACUUGGAUAUUUACCCAGUCGCUCUUUAUGGCACUGAAUACUAUCCUUUGGUCUCUUUCUUAUCCUGAGAUAAGAAAGGAGCAUCAUUUGAAAGAAGUCGAGCGCAGCCUUGAAGUAGCAUUAGAGGGCAUCAUGCUGGCUGCAGAACGAUGGCCAGGAGUGAGAUCAGCCGGAAUGCUCUAUGAAAAUUUAAUCGCCGCAUGUCUCAGGGCAUACAACACUGAAGAAUCGUUUGUCGUUCACUCACCUUCAAACCCGUCCAGCCAUCCAACACCAGCAUCCUCCCAGGAUGUACAAUCUCCACCAUCUAUAGCAAGUCCCGCCAGCACCGCAGCCUCAAUCCACUCGCAACAUCUCCUAGCGGGUGGUUCUUCAGUCGGUGAAACCGCGUCUGCUGGUACUUUCUCUAGAGGCCCAUCAGCAGAUCCAACGAUUCCUUUCCCACCAACAACAACUGCAUCAUAUAUUCCUAAUGAUCCCGUCAACGCUGUUGAGGCCCCUUCAUGGGAUUCCAGUGUCCCACCAGACGCAGCACCCGAAACGCAAACUUCAUUAAGCUUCGAGCUGUCUAAUGAUACCUUAUUAUCGGGGUCAGACCUGAACUUCGAUCCAUCCACGCCUUUUAAUUCGUUUCCCUCGGUUGUUCCUGGGUUGCCGGGCUGGGACCCUAGCUUCUCACUCUCUUCGACUACCGCGGGCGGUCCAUUGGCGUUUUCAGACGCAACAGCGGAUCCAAUGAGCUGGGUUGAUACUCUUGGGGAUCAGUACUCUCAAUAUUUCAACGGGGAGUAUCCCGCAACCCCGUGGAGAGGGAGAACACUAAGUCAGCAGGAACAGCUGGAAUUGAUGGAUUCGCUGGCAGACCACAUUCCAGAUGUCACUACUCAGCUCGCGAUGCAAACUGCGACAGCACAUUACCAAUCAUAA